GAACUUAAAACAUCGAUGACAAAACAUAAAUAUUUUCUGGCUAAACAUCGAUGAAUAUCGAUCAUCCUGACAUCCCUAUUUUAGAUCGACAUGCCUAAAGAGUGCAGGCUUGUUUUUUUCGGAAAUCGUAACUUUUAUAUAAUAUAAUAUAUAAUUAAAAACGUGAUUACAAGAAAUAGAUUAUUGAAGUAUUUGCGUGAUAUUUUUAAUUUAGGUAUGUCAGUCUCUUUAUUCAAACUUUUUGUAAAUACACUAAGAAAAUCAUUGCCGAGGCAUCCGUUAAAAGCAGGUACUUGUUUUUUAUUACAAAACUGGCACAUUUUUUUAUAUAAUGCGUAAAGAUUUAUGAAAACGUUUUAAACAUUGAUCAUUUGUCUUAGAUUCAAUCAUAACAUUCGUGUUUCCACGGGAAAGACAGUCACGGUAAAAAAAAUAAAAUAACCUCAAAAAUUUUAACUUUUAUGUCUACAAAAUUUAUAAUUAUAAAAUUUUAUUGCCUACAAAUACUUAAUCGAUAAAAGUAUGUAUCUUAUGAACCGUGAAAGUUAGACAGUUGAUAUUUUCACAGAUGAUGAUGAAUUUUGUUGCCGCCUCAACAACAAAUACUAAAACCCAGAAUAAUUUAAAUAUUUAAAGGGGCUUCCCCAUACAACAAACGCGACCCUUUUCUCGUUUCCGGUACGGUGCCUUACGAGCGCGAGUCCCAAUUCGCAUUUGGCCGGUAUUUUACAUUAUGUACAGUCAACAAACACGUCUUCUAACUAAAUUCUUAAAUUUUCCACUUUAUUUUAAACUCAAAUACAGUGAGGGUAGAAUUCAAAGUCAAUAAAAGAAUUUUGUUGUUAUCUGACAUGCUGCUGUAUAUUUGUAGAUGUUUGAUAGUGUGUUAUUAAUUUCAUCAAAACGAACAAUACCUGCAUAGGCUGUAGUAUUCUAUCUUUACAUAUGGUUAAAUUACUUUAUUAUUAGACAUACAGAGGCGAUUUGUAGCUGUAAUGGAUACUGUUAAAGAUGAAAAUAAACCUACUGAAGAUAUAAUAGCGAACAAAAACCUAACUAGAUUUAAGAAUCGUAAACUGAAACGACAGUGGGAAGAAUUGAAUCCGAAUAAAGAAAAGAAUGGAGAAUCUGAGGAGAAAAGGGUGUGUGAUAAGUCUGAUAAGCCAGUUGAGAGAAUAAAAAAGAAAAAAAUGGCUUUACUAUUGGGUUACUGUGGUGUGGACUACUAUGGUAUGCAGAGAAAUCCUGGUGUAAGGACUAUAGAAGAAGAUCUUUUUAAAGCAAUGUUGGAUGCUAAGUAUGUAACAGAAGAUGAUUUUAACAACCAGCAGAAUACGCAGUUCCAAAGGAGCUCGAGGACUGAUAAAGGAGUCUCAGCAGCCAGACAGGUUGUGUCAUUGAAACUACCACUUGAAGCAAACAUCGAAGAAAUCAAUAGAAGAUUACCAGAAUCUAUUAGAAUAUUUGGCAUGAAGAGAGUUACAAAUAAAUUCAAUUCAAAAGUAAAAUGUGAUGCUCGGACAUAUAGCUAUACUCUUCCAACAUAUACAUUUGAACCUAAUGUUGUUACUAAUGAAGAAAGAAAGCUAUAUAGAAUUACACCUGAAAAGUUGGAAGAGGUUAACAGAAUACUGUCGAAUUAUAAAGGAACAAAAUGCUACCACAACUUUACAGAAAAAAAGCACUACCAUGAUCCAUCCUCAUCUAGAUAUAUGUUAAGUUUCAACGUUGAAAAAGUAUUCGUCCAAUCUGACAUGGAGUUUGCAGUGUUGCUGGUAAAGGGUCAAAGCUUUAUGUUGCAUCAAAUCCGGAAAAUGGUUGGUCUUACUAUCGCAGUAAUGCGCGGUCUCGCCGAUCAUAGUAUACUCGAAAAGGCGUUCAGCAAGGAUAAAAUCAUGAUACCCACAGCCCCUGGUCUAGGACUUGUUCUGGAUAUGGUCCAUUACACGAGAUAUGAUGCCCGCUAUAAAGACAGCCACAGCACUCUAACGUGGGAGACGGAAGAAGAAGCAGUUCAGAAGUUCAAACAUGAACAUAUCUACCCGAAUAUAGUUAAAGGUGAAAUAGAACAGGACUCUAUGGGUAUCUGGCUGGAGAAAUUGAGUUUGCAUUCUUUCGAGCCGACAGAUGACACCGCUGUUGAUAAAACUAUAGAUGAAGAUGAGAAAGUUCUUAACGUUGACGAUGAUGACGAUGAAGCCGAUGAUGAUGAAAAAGAUUCAUCAUCAAAACCUAGUGAUAGGAUAGAGAAUGAUAAACUUAGUGAAAAAAAAGAAGUAGCAUCAACUGAAGACGAUAAAUUGAAGGAGACGCAUGAUAAUGAGCAAUUGGAAAAAAGUAAAGAUGUUAUAUAAACAUUUUGUUAUAUUCUAGUUUCCUAAGUGUUUUUCUAAUGAAAGCAAUUACUUUAGUAGUUUACAAAAAUAUAGUGAUAGAAUAUUAAUUAUAUAUAUGAGUAAGAAAAUGAGACUAAUGUUAAAUUUUUUUGAAAGAAAUAUUACCGUGCUGGUAUUUUAUUAUAUUAAAUGAAAAUAUGUGUAACAUUGACGGUGAACCUAGUUUAUUUUUUGUGUAUUUAUCCUUUUUAAAGCUCAUUAAAUGUAUUGAAUAAAUAAUUGUAUAAAUUAUUUUUACUGUUAACGGAUCGUAUUAUAUUUCUAUGUUUUGUCACUUGUUUAGAAAUAGACAAGGA